AGUCUCGCACCAUGUGUGGGCCCUGACACCGGAAACACUGUCCUUUGAACGGUCGCACACGUUCCUUGUUCGACCCCUCUCAGCUACUCCUUGCUCGGCCGCCUUUUGCUGUUGCAGUUACCGCCUUUUGCUGUUGCAGUUGCCGCCAACGGCAUUGAUCUGCAACACGAAACUAGCACACGAGCCCAAGUUAUAAUAUCCGCCAUCGCCAUGGAGUUCACGUCGGCAGCUUCUGCAACUUGACUGAUAUGUGGUCAGGAAAACCAGUCACAAACGUCAACUUAACCAUCCAAUCUAGCGAUUCUCCUUCGUACCCCGCCAGUUUAGCCAAUCACCUGAGUUCGUUGACAAACACGUCGACCUGUUCGCCAGUCCACUUUGCUUUCCCCAGAUAUUUCACUUAUGACCCAAGCCUCACCAGAUCCUGUAUUUAUCCUCCGAAAUUCUGACAAAAGUCCAAUAACAUGUCUAAAGUUUCUAACAUUUCCAUCUGGUGCCUUUCUGUCUGCUGGAACUCAGAAUGGAGACAUCAGUCUCUGGGAUAUGAACUUAAAACGUGUGACACAACAAGAAAAGAAGGCUCAUGAGGUUCGAGGUCUUCUUUGGAUUGACCAACUUAAAUGUUCAGAACAUGUAGUAACUACUGGUCGAGAUGGACGUCUUAUCUUUUGGGAUGCUGGAAAUGGUUGGCGGAAAAUAAAUGAAGUAGCAAUAUGUUCCAUUGGGUUCUGUCAAGGGUGUGUUAUUCCAGGAGAUUCUACCACCUCUCCCUUGAUUGCUGUACCCUCUCAAGAAGAAUCUCAAAUUAAUAUCAUUGACUCUGUUAAUCAACAAAAUGUGGCAUUCCUGAAACCAUCUGACCAUUUUGAAGGAAAGAAAUAUGGUAUGUGCAUGGACAUAGCUAAAAUGAAACAUAACCAAUCAGGACUUCUUGUUGGUUAUGAGAAUGGAUGUAUUGCUUUGUGGGAUAUCAGAGAAAGAAGAAUUAUUGACUGUAUUUCUUUGUAUGAAGAAAUGGUAACAUGUGUUUGUUGUAGUGAAUCUGGCCAUGGUUGGUCAGGAUCUGUAAAUGACAAACUAACUCAGUGGUCUGUUUGUCAAGACAAUGGUUUCACUAAGUUGCCAGCUGUACAUCUCACCAAUUCAGGCAUUAAUCAUAUGAAAUUGAGAAAUGACGAAAGAAUACUUGCAGUUGCAGGAUGGGAUUCAAACAUAAGAAUUUUGGGAACUAAAAAAGGAAAACCUCUUGCAGUUUUAAGUUACCAUAAAUUGAGUGUUAAGUGUGUUGCAUUUUCAGACAAUGAUCUUCUUGCUGCUGGAUCCCAAGAUGGAUCCAUUAGUUUGUGGGAUAUCUAUAGGUAGGUAUGCUAAAAUUAAAUGUUUUGGUAAACACAAGCAGACAUAACAGUUUCAUUAGAGGAUGAUAGGACACAGUAGAUAAGGAGCUAAUAUUACUUCAAUUACACAGAUUUGCAGUUUUUUCAUGUCAGCAUUCUUGGAGUCUACUGAAUGAGUAAUGUGUAAGGAUUAUUAGGGAACAUUUUUACAACUGGAUUUUAUAGUUAAAGUCGACUAAGCUAACGGGGAAUGUUUGCAAUAAGACAGAAAGGAAAUUUCUCUGAGGUUACAAUAAAAUAUUUGUAAAGGUGUCUCAAAUGGUAACCUCUUUCAGGCAUCUUGUAAAUACAGAUUUUGUAUUCUUCCACUAAAUAAUGUUGGGCAAUAUUUCUGUGCAAAGUUGUCAGCAUUGUGAUGAAGGAGCUUGGUGAUAAGACCAAGUGUAUUGACUUAAAAGAUAUAAUAAAUAAAAUGCUUUAAAACAAACAAUACUCAGAGAAAAUUCUGAAACCAUGGAGAUACUGGCAAAUUUAAUUUUUCUUUUUAAAUAAGAAAAAAAUAUAGAAAAUAAUAAAGAUUUUGUGAUGAUGUAAGAA